UCGAGGGCGGGCUAGUCCUGCGCCGGAGCUGCUCUGGAAAGCCUUUGGAAGGCGAGACCCCCGCCUGGGCCCCGUGGGCUUUCGGUUGUUCACCCGCCGGCCUGCCUCUCCGCUAAGUCGAUGGGCUGCCCUGCCGUGGGCUAGAGGCGUCCUCCUCCCGUGAGAGGCUUAAGUCUUCUGAGUCUGCCAACGCCACCAUUCACGAGGUUGGGGGGAAAGGACCCUGUAUUGUGUGGUAAUUAGGCUGCUCCUGGAAGGGGGAGGGGAGUGUCUAUGUGGGGUGUGUGUAGUGGGGGAGUUGCAUAAUUAAGACAAUGGAAUUUCAAUUCAACUUCUCUGUAGACAACAUAGCAGAAAACAGAACAGAUACUGCUGAGAAUGAAAAGCUACAGCAGGAAAUGGUCCUAUUGAAUAAUCAGGAAAACAGCAAUAACAUUACCUCAGAAGAAAAUAAAUUAAAUUGCUAUUUAUCUGGAACCACUGCUAAUAUAUCAGACCACAGUACUUUGAAUGCAAAUCCUGAUACAAGUUUGUCGAGGAAACAAUCCUGUCCCAAAUCUGCCAAGGUGCAUGAUAUUCCUAAAGAUGUCAGUAAAGUCCUUGAGAGCAAAACUAUUGCAACUUUACCAGGCAUUCACCAUGUAAAUAUUUAUGUGGUAGCAACUGCACUCCCAGGGAACUCUGUCAAAGAAAACAUGUCUAGCAUUUCUUCUCAAUCUGACCUAAUUACAGGUGUCUAUGAAGGAGGUUUAAAGAUUUGGGAAUGCACUUUUGAUCUCCUGGAUUAUUUAUCAGAAACUGAUAUUCAGUUUGCACAGAAGUCAGUUUUGGACCUUGGGUGUGGAGUUGGACUGUUAGGAAUAGUUGCACUAAAAGGAAAUGCCAAAGAAGUUCAUUUUCAAGAUUAUAACAGUUCAGUAAUUGAAGAAAUCACCAUGCCGAACAUACUGGCGAAUUUUUCUCCUCAAGAUGACAGUGGUGAGGAAGAUACCGAGCUUCACCUAAAUCAAUCUAGGAAAAAAGACUUCACCCAAGAUUUUCUGCCUAAAUGCAAAUUUUUUUCUGGGGAAUGGUCAGAAUUUAGUCAUUUUAUUUUAAAUAACACCAAACCUGUAGUAAAAUAUGAUCUUAUACUUACAUCAGAAACUAUUUAUAAUCCUAAUUACUACGAAGCUUUCCAUAAUGCACUUUCAAGUUUAUUGGCAAGAAAGGGCACCAUAUUUUUAGCUAGCAAAGCACAUUAUUUUGGGUGUGGAGGAGGGGUCCACCUUUUUACAAGUUUCAUAGAAAAGAAGAAUGUAUUUAAAUCUCAAGUGGUUAAAGUUAUUGAGAAGGGGCUCAAGCGUUUCAUAAUUGAACUGACAUUUAAGAAUUCCUGUUAACAUGCUAACAUGCAUAUUAUGAAAUAUGUAUUUUCUGUUAUCAGAGGUGUAAUAAAUUACUACUACAUUUGUCUUUACUUACACCAAAACCUUCUUCAUUUAU